AUGUUGAUUAUUUUAGUUAUCGGUAAAAUCAUUGCUCGUGCCACCAAAAAUGCAAUAAAUAUGCAACAGCAAGUUUUCCUGGUUGUUAUUACUUUAACUAUUCUUCUUGUUCAACACUGUCAAUCUCAUUCUGAACAACAACCAAAAGGUUUUCCAAAACAAUUUGUUGCUAUAUUAAAUCAAACAUCCUAUUUACAUUGGAAAGAUUCUGGUGCACCAGAACAAUUAGUUUAUGAUUUUAUUAAUCAACGUGCACGAUUUGAUAUAAAAGGUUGA